AUCUCACUUCUUUGUGCAGCCAUGUAUGGAAAGUGCUCGUUCGGUGGUUAAAGUUGAACCAAGCAGUCAGAGUCCUGGGCGUUCACCAGGCUUCCUCGUUCCCCUCGGUUGGGGUCACCGUCGAACCAACAGCAACAGGAGGGAGUUCUGGAAGCAGUACUGGAGGUGGCAGUGGUAAAACUCUUUCGAUGGAAAAUAUCCAAUCCUUAAAUGCAGCCUAUGCCACAUCAGGGCCUAUGUACUUAAGUGACCAUGAAAAUAUGGGUCCAGAUACACCUAAAAGCACCAUGACACUUGGCCGUUCUGGGGGUCGACUGCCUUAUGGUGUUAGGAUGACUGCUAUGGGCAGCAGCCCCAAUAUUGCUAGUAGUGGGGUCGCCAGUGACACCAUUGCAUUUGGAGAACAUCACCUCCCUCCUGUGAGUAUGGCAUCCACUGUACCUCAUUCACUGCGCCAGGCAAGGGAUAACACAAUUAUGGAUCUACAGACACAAUUGAAAGAAGUGUUGCGGGAAAAUGAUCUGUUACGUAAGGAUGUUGAAGUGAAGGAGAGUAAAUUGAGCUCUUCAAUGAAUAGCAUCAAGACCUUUUGGAGCCCAGAGUUGAAGAAGGAACGAGCCCUGAGAAAAGAUGAAGCUUCCAAAAUCACUGUUUGGAAGGAACAGUAUAGAGUUGUGCAAGAAGAAAACCAGCACAUGCAGAUGACAAUCCAGGCUCUCCAGGAUGAAUUGAGGAUCCAGAGGGACCUAAACCAGCUAUUCCAGCAAGACAGUAGUAAUAGAGCUAGUGAACCCUUUGCAGCAGAGCUGACUGAGGAGAACUUUCAGAGGCUACAUGCUGAACAUGAGAGGCAAGCCAAGGAACUCUUCCUUCUUCGUAAGACUCUCGAGGAAAUGGAGCUACGUAUUGAGACUCAGAAACAAACAUUGAAUGCACGGGAUGAAUCUAUAAAAAAGCUCUUGGAGAUGUUGCAGAGUAAAGGACUGUCUGCCAAGGCCACUGAGGAAGAUCAUGAGAGAACAAGACGCCUGGCUGAGGCAGAGAUGCAUGUACACCACCUGGAAAGUCUCCUGGAGCAAAAGGAAAAAGAAAGCAAUAUGUUGAGAGAGGAGAUGCAUCGGAGAUUUGAGAAUGCUCCUGAUUCUGCUAAAACAAAAGCUCUGCAAACUGUUAUUGAAAUGAAGGACUCAAAAAUUUCUUCCAUGGAGCGUGGGCUCCGAGAUUUGGAAGAGGAAAUCCAGAUGCUGAAAUCUAAUGGAGCUUUGAGCACAGAAGAACGGGAGGAAGAGAUGAAACAAAUGGAGGUGUAUCGCAGCCAUUCCAAAUUCAUGAAAAACAAGAUUGGUCAGGUGAAACAGGAACUGUCCCGAAAGGACACAGAACUCUUAGCCUUACAGACAAAGCUAGAAACACUUACAAAUCAAUUCUCAGACAGUAAGCAACACAUCGAAGUGCUAAAGGAAUCGUUGACUGCUAAGGAGCAAAGAGCUGCCAUCUUACAGACAGAGGUGGAUGCGCUUCGAUUACGACUGGAGGAAAAGGAAACCAUGCUGAAUAAGAAGACAAAGCAGAUACAAGAGAUAGUUGAGGAGAAAGGAACCCAGGCAGGAGAAAUACAUGAUCUCAAGGAUAUGUUGGAUGUGAAGGAGCGGAAGGUCAAUGUUCUACAGAAGAAGAUAGAAAAUCUUCAGGAACAACUUAGAGAUAAAGAGAAACAGAUGAGCAAUUUGAAAGAACGAGUCAAAUCUCUACAGGCUGACACCACCAAUACUGACACUGCAUUGACUACUCUUGAAGAAGCCCUUUCAGAGAAAGAAAGGACAAUUGAACGCUUGAAGGAGCAGCGGGACAGAGAUGAGCGGGAGAAGCAAGAGGAGAUUGACAACUAUAAGAAAGACCUGAAGGAUUUAAAGGAGAAAGUUAGCCUCUUGCAAGGAGACCUCUCUGAGAAAGAGGCUUCACUCUUGGACCUCAAGGAACAUGCUUCUUCUCUGGCUUCCUCAGGACUGAAGAAGGAUUCAAGGCUUAAAACACUGGAAAUUGCUUUGGAGCAGAAGAAGGAAGAGUGUCUGAAAAUGGAAUCACAAUUGAAAAAGGCACACGAAGCAACUCUGGAAGCUAGAGGCAGUCCUGAGAUGAAUGAUCGACUCCAGCAGUUAGAGAAAGAGAUUACACAGCAUAGGGAUGAAUCCAGUAAGGCCCAGGCAGAGGUAGAUCGUCUCCUGGAAAUCUUAAAGGAGAUGGAAAAUGAGAAGAAUGAUAAAGAUAAGAAGAUAGCCGAACUGGAGAGGCAAGUAAAAGACCAAAAUAAGAAGGUCGCCAAUUUGAAGCACAAGGAGCAGGUGGAGAAAAAGAAGAGUGCACAGAUGCUGGAGGAGGCUCGCAGAAGGGAAGACAAUCUCAAUGACAGCUCUCAGCAGCUCCAGGUGGAAGAGUUGAUGAUGGCCAUGGAAAAGGUAAAACAGGAGCUAGAGUCCAUGAAAGCAAAACUGUCUUCUACUCAACAGUCAUUAGCAGAGAAGGAAACUCAUUUGACCAAUCUUCGAGCAGAAAGGAGGAAACAUUUGGAAGAGGUCUUGGAGAUGAAGCAAGAAGCUCUCCUUGCUGCCAUUAGUGAAAAAGAUGCCAACAUAGCUCUUUUGGAACUUUCAUCCUCCAAGAAGAAGACCCAAGAUGAGGUAGCUGCACUGAAACGUGAGAAGGAUCGUCUGGUGCAGCAACUUAAACAGCAGACUCAGAAUCGCAUGAAAUUGAUGGCUGACAACUAUGAGGAUGACCACUUCAAAUCUUCUCAUUCCAGCCAAACCAACCACAAACCCUCCCCAGACCAGAUAAUCCAGCCCCUCUUAGAACUUGACCAGAACCGCAGCAAAUUGAAGUUGUACAUUGGACAUCUGACGUCUCUUUGCCAUGACGAGAUCCCCUGAUUCUUCGAGGACCUAACUCCACCUGCCUCCUAUCACCUGGACGAUGAUCCGGGCAGCUUGGGAAAGUGAGCUGCAGAAGAUGACCCAGGAGCAGCUUUGCAGUGAAUUAGAAAAAGGUGAGCGAGAUAAUGCAGAACUUCAGGAGUUUGCCAACGCCAUCCUCCAACAGAUAGCUGAUCACUGCCCCGACAUUCUGGAACAAGUGGUCAAUGCACUAGAGGAGUCCUCCUGACCCUACCCAAUGACCUCGUGGGAAUGACCAACCCAGUCAAUCCAGGGACCUAAGAAAGGAGCAGGAAGAACAACAGACAUCCAGGAAUCUCUGCUUUGCCUUGUACACGUUAAAACCAACCGGCCAAACACCACAAAUUACUUCCUUUCUCUAUUCUUCCAUCCAGAGUCCCACAACGUUUUUGCAUUCAUCUUUUUGCUAUGGAGUUGGUCUCCUCAUUAUUUGGGGAGUCCACAGUGGGUGGCUUUCUCUCCAUAGAAAUCUGUCAUCUAGUCAUCAUCAACGAGUAACUGUUAGAAACUAAUGAUUCUCCUUCAGCACAGGGACAUGAAGUGAUUGCCUUUUCUCCUUUAACAUAAAAAUGAAACCUAUAACUGCAACAGGCCAGAAAAUCUAGGGAGUUCUGUGGUUUGAAGUGAUUUCUCUAAAAAGGAUAGUCUCACAGAAAGAGAGAAGUAGAGAAGGGAAGAGAGAGACAAAGGAGCAAAUAAGAGAGAACCAACUCUGCCGUUUAAAUUGUAGUCCAGGGAGGAAGGUGCUCAGUAUUCAUUCUUUCUUUUACUUGUCCUUUCUCAUUAUUGAUUUUGUCUUCUAGGAGGCUUCAGGCAGGGACAUAACUACUUCCUUUUUUCCUCAGUAAUGGCUUAUUGAACACUAAUUCAGAAAACCACCACUUUGGGGUCUUUAUCCCAUCCUACCUAUCCUGUCCUUCCUUGACCAUCUCUUCUGAAAAGUUAAUGAGAGGCUGCUACAGAAAGCCCAGUCACACUGGAGCCCUUACUCAGCUUAAGGCUAUCAGACAAAAUUUUUCUAGGAAAUUUUAAAAAUGAGUUGGGACCCUGAGGACUUCUCAUACUCCAGUCAUAUUUGUCUUUGUAGAAGAUAAACUGGAUUUGUAGAAGUCUGGCUCGUGCCUUCUGAACCCACAAGCAUUUCUCCAGGUCACUCUUCUGGACUCUGAUAUCUUGAGCCAGUAGCACAGAGGAUACAACUUCCCUUUUCCAGGCUCCUUCAGUGCAUUUUGUUUCUUAUGACUCAUUGUGAGCAUGGGAAGAUGAGCUCUGCAGGCUUCCCUGGCCUCCUCAUAUGUGACUUAGUGCCUUCCUGUCUUUCAGAUGGGCUCUCUUCACUCUCCUCUAUCAAAAUGCCAUCCAGCCUCUUCCCACUGAAAAAUGCCUAAUGCAUGGGUUGUAACCAUUGCCAUGUGACAAACCAGGUUGAGAGUGAGAGAAUGCAGAGAUAUGCCCUUCUGCUGCCUCUCCCCUGCAGUCUUUCUAGAAUGGAAAUUUUCUAGUAAAUCUUUUUCAAGAGCCUGAUUUUCUAAUUAUAGCAAAAUUGAUGCAUUUGGGGGCUUGGGUCACUUGCUGCUUACAGGAAAUCUCACUUGGUUAUUAAGGGUUUUGGGGGUUUUUUUUGGUUGUCCUAAAAAGGUAUCCAACUUAGGAAGAUAGUUGGCUUUAGAUGCCCUUUUAACACAUUCAAGCUAGUAGUCACCCUGGUUUUUUACUGUCUAUAAAUGCAAAUCAGAAAUUAGAAAUAUCAAAUUCAAAACUAAAAGAGUCCUCAAGUUUUAAAGGCCUCUAAAGGACUUUUCCAGAAUACAAACAAGGACAGUGAUGAAUGAUCAGACACUGCCACUCAAAUAUGGACAAUUCAGUCAGAACUGCCCCUUUUACCACUUCCUUUGCCAGACAUCCACAUGUUUUGGUAAAAGUCACAGCCCUAAAACAUUUAGGACAUGCAUUUUCUCCCUCACCCGCAAUUACCCAAGGAAUUUAGUGCUAUCCAUAAAGUCAUCAUAUCCAUGAGUCUUAACAUCUUCCCACUGCCACUCCCUGACUGUCUCAUUAGCUUACAUUGUCAGAAAUCUAAGAACCCUCAUUCCCUGUUGUAAAACAAUACCUUCUCCCUGUGAGAUGCCAGAAUUUUCUUUAUCUAUGGUCUAAAUGAAUCCGGCUCAUAAACUUCUUACUGAUAUGUUCCUUGAUAGGAAGGCUAGUCUGUUGGGGGGAGUAAGGAGGUGAGACAGUGAUUGGGGAGUAAUGGCAGUCAUUUGUGACCAAUUACCUGAGUUCUAUUUGUUUAUUGCACUGCCCAUAAAUCAUCUAAAACUCCACAGCCUUUCUAGGCUCAGAAUGGUGGAGCCUUAAUUUGAGCCACCAGUGUAUAACUGAACUUCUGAAGAACUAUCAUGCCCUUGUUGGAGCACGAUGGAGACAACAGAUCUGGAGCUGAUGCUUGGGGAUCUGAGCCAAUUCUAACUGUUUGUUCUGACCAAACUGACGUGGGAUGAUCUCAAGCAGGCCACCUGUGGCUCUUACCCAUAUGGAGUAUUAACGUGUGCUCUCCUUCCUUUCCACUUUCACUUCAGCUCUCCCCAUGGAUACACCAUGAAAUCCAUCUAAUCCUUUUCUGGGGCUUUGGGAGAAAGAUCUGACUUAGUCUCUCUUGAACCAUAGAAGAUAAGCUUUUCAAUCCCAGUUGGGUAGAGAGAUCCAGUCUUAUCUUAUCAGAUAGCCCUCGGAAUUGCCUCCAAGAGGGAAGGCAUCUUUGGCCAGAAGGCAAAACUGUUCAUGACUUACUUUCCUUGCAGAAGGAAAAUUCAUCAGAUCACUGGCUUUUGUGUCUCUUCCUGGGCUUGGCAAAUUAAUUCAAUCAACACAUAUUGAUUGAUUGCAUCAUCAAGUAGUGGCUGUUGUGGUUCUGCCAAUUCAUUCAAUUGCUGCUUAGUGUUUUUGCCUUGAUUAUCCUUUUACAUUUGGCAAGGAGGUUUGAGAGUAACCUUCCCAAACUUGUCCAUUUCAUUAACCAAUACAUUUGCCCUUUCUCACUUGAAGAUCAAUUCCCCCUCCCCCCCCAAACAAAUAGUACCCAUAACAGGGACAGUGAAAAAGAAUGGUGGACUGAAUCAACCUAACACUUGUAUGGGAGGGUUGAUGACUAAAGAAACAGAGAGUGUUUCUCUCUGUGUGUGUCUCUGUCUCUCUCUCCUCCCAUCCCCACCUAUCCUUUCAGUAUAUUAAUACACUAAUCUAUGAAGACUCUGUAUACUGAUCAAAAUGGGUAAGUCAUUCUAAGUUUGAAUGUAAUGAAACAUAUGAAUGGAAUUCUGUGAACCCAUUUCAGCCCUGACAUUUAAUCCUCACUUCUCUCAUGAUCUGGAGAAGCUUUGAGUGAUUCUGUCCCCUUUCUUAAAAGGGGGGCAUUAACAACAAUGGUGUAGGAUAUUAAAAGCCGAGACCCCCCCUCACAGUUGAUGGUACUGCUAGCUAACAUUUAAAGUAAAGCUGUCUAGGUUCUAGGGGAGAGAGGGCUGGAGGGGGAGGAGAAACCUAGUUGUGCCUGGCAUUAAACUAUGAAAGGAGGGCUAGGCUUGAUCAUCCACCAGUGGGAAGCUAAGGGUUUGUCAUAUCUUUUGCCCAGAUAAAAGCCCUGGGUAAGGGAGGAAGAAAAGAAAGGACACCAUGGGCUGAAUUCCAGUGACUUCACUGGGCUAAUUGCUCUCUCACUGAUGUUCCAGGACUAGUAUUUGGUGUUGCUGCUCAAGGGUUCUAUAGCAAAGAAAAUCCCACCUAGCUUUUCCAGACUCAGUCUCAUUCUGCUACCUGACCCCAUUUCCCAAAAGCUGUUAGCUGCUCCAUAGGUUUUACUUUUCUGCUCUAGGAAAUUUGGGAGGUUUCCAGAGGAUAAAAUGCUUCAUCUUUCCACUCAGUGGUAAAUUACCCCAGAAUUGAGACCUCAGGUCCAGGGUAUGUAUUGGGGCGUCUUCAAGGUUUCAACAAGACCCUGUUUCAUCAGGAGUUGCUAUUUUUCCCCCAGCCAUCAAAGCCCAGAGGCUGGAGGAAGUUGGUGGAAAGAGAGAAAGCUGUGAUUCGGCAGUACUGUUCCCAUAAAACCAGCAGGGACCUCCAUAUAGAUCAUGUGGGGGCCAUCCUCCGGAUGAGAUCCAUCCUGCUCAUCAAGACAGUGGGGAGAAAACCAUCUGACUUAACCAUUCAAAGGAAAGCUCUUUUUAAAAAUCGGUGGGGUUUUUCACGUGAAUUGAGGGGAUAUCUAAGCAGGAAACUAAAGUCUCCUUCACUACAGGGAAAUCCUUCUGAACAAAAUGGUUGUUGCCUCUGCCAACUCUUUUUAAAGCAAAAACUGUUUCCAAACUUUUUAGUGUCAAAACUAUAACCAGGAGGCCCCUGACUUUUCUGAUGUGUUUGGCAAGUGCUGUGACCCUAUCAUUGAUAUUUCUUCUCCUGACUUUUUUGGGGGGAUGAAGAGGUUUAGGGUUUGAUUUCUUGGGUUCUUUGUCCCCCAUCCCUCCUCCUGUUUUGCUGUUUUGUUUCUCUGCUUGUCAAUAUUGUCUGUGUGGUCCAGAGAACUGGAGCAGUUAUAAAUCAUGUGUGUCCAUUGUUGAGAUGUUGGUUGUUUUUGUUUUUUUUAAUGAGAGAGAAAAAAAAUAGUAGUAGAACUGAAAAAUAAAGAGCUGUGUUUUAUAAAAAAUAAUAAUAAAAUGCAAACCAAUAUUGUUUUAAUAAAGGAAUUCAAGCUAGGGACAGCCAAACUCCUCCCCCUCCUCCCAGGCUUGCUGAGGAAAUUAUGGGCCUGCAUCUGGACGUUUUGCCUUUUUCUUUACAAGGCUUAGAAGAAAAUGAAAGCUGGAUCUUUUAAGUAAAUGUUUCAGAGUCCACACCCCCAGUGCCUAGCACCAUGUAGCAUCAGGGGCUGAUCUCUUUGACGCUUUGUCUAAGUUCAUUAGCUAUGGUGCUAGGGUGAGUGGUUGUCGGCCCCCCUUCUGGCAACAGCCACAGUACAGGCCACACAACCUCUUUCCUCCUUGGUGCUAUUUCAUCCAGUUAACCUCUCACUUUUCGGGCUAGCCUGAAGUCUACAUGCCAGGUGAGAUAAAUUACACUCAAUUCUCCACUCCUUUGACUUUCAGUCCCCUGAUUCUUGCUCUUGAACUUUUUAAACCUCUUAAGUUUUCUGGGCCAGAAAAUCUCCAGCCAAUGAAGAUGCUUUUGGAAAAGGAGAUGAAUUAGACCAAAGCCAGAGGACUUACUCCUGGGCCUGAGCAAGGCUUCUGGACCCAACCCACCACAUCAUACCAUACCAGUAUUUCAUUCAUCCUAAUACACAAUCCUUUAUGACCUGCCUGCCCCACUACAAGAACAGCCCAGUAGACAGCCAAACAAGUCAGCACGUCCAAGACAGGAACAUUAGGUACAGCCUGGGCCUCUCUCCUUUGCUUGCUUCAGAAGAGAGGUGUUGCACUUUAGUGGAGGAGGAGAGGAGUAUAUAGGGUACCAUCUCCCUUAUAGCUUGAGUUCCUUUUUGGUAACAGAGGCAGCUGGAGAUGCUGGUGUUACCAAACCUGCCCACUGCCUUCAACUGUAUGUGUGUGUGUGUGUGUUGUUGCUGGAGUUGUGUAACUGACAGGAUAAUGAUAAUGCAAAGAAAUUGUGUUAUAUUCAACUUUGCCUUGAUAAUUAUUAUAAACACUUUGUUCGGUUUUCUUUUUUUAUUCACAAACUUAAUUCAUCAGGAAACUAUAAAGUUAUUUAAAAAGUC